UCUUAUGACUAUGACUAUGAAUUGUAAAAAAGUCGCGACAAAAAAGGUUAGCCCACCUUCUUACCCUAUGCGACUUUGCGAUAUGAGGAGGAAACAAAUUACUUUUGGGGAAAAGAGGUGCAGUUUGGAAAACUUUUGUGACAUCAUGUUUGUUGAAAGGAAAAUAUUGAAUGGGUAGGUUAGAACUAUUUAUUAUAAGUGAAUUAAUUUAUUUCAAACUCUGUUUCAUGGGUUGUAAGACUUGAAAAUGCAUUUUUAAAAUUAAUUACAGUUGUACAUAAAUUUAGUUGAAUGUAUAUUGGGUUCUUACUAUAACAAAGGCUCUUUCCAUGUACAGUGGAUUCAUAUUUAGAAAACGAGUUUGACAAAACCUUUAAGAAGGACCUGUGACACUGGUUGAUCCAUUAGACACUUACACGACUCAGGAUCUUUCGUUUACCAGGUUUUCCCACGACAUGCCUCAUAUGUAAUGCACUUCUCAGUUGAAGAAGUUGAAAUGUAUACAUCUCUCUGUGUGUGAAAAUAUAGAGUUUGCUACAUAAUGUAUUCUAAGAUUGACAUUUGCUACUGCUUUGAAAUGUUCCCAGAAAACUGACAAAUGGACCACUUACUCUUAUGAAAACUGGGACAUUCUGACUGCAGCUAUGAGAAAACUAGAUUAUAGGAAAUAUUUCAUGAAAUAAUGGAGUACCAGACAUUAUUCGAAUCUGAUGAGGGACUGGAGCCAGGGGACACAGGGACAGUGAGAAGGCGACAGAAGACAGAAGUGACCCCUAAAAUGGCCAUGGAAAGCUUCCGAUACUCGUUCAUGAGCGAAAAUCAGGAAAUGAACUACGAUGCCAUCUUAGGCGAGUUGUUUGAGCUUGAAACCCAGCUUGGCACAGUGCACUCAGAACUCCCCUACUACAACAACGGCGCAAAAACCAGGCUUUCUGCACCAAAGAACGAUUUACGAGACAGCGGGAACGAUCUCGCAACAGCAGAAUUAGAUGCGCUUGCAUCUGAAAUAAGUAACAGUUUGGGGAAUAAGCAUAAACGACCAAUGGGAGAGCUGGAAUAUUUUCGUACACAUUACCCAGGAGAUCUAGGUGGAUAUUCGGAUGCCAUGUUGGAUAUUGCAGAAACGGAUUCGGCAUUUUCGGAGUCUGCCUCUCUCCCUUCUUCGGAGUCGUUUACCUCCAUGGUUACAGUGUCGUCUGCAGUUGAGCCGCCUGCAUUUAUGGACGGGAUGUACCACAACAGCCCUCUCACCAUGCAGGCUUUUCAGUGUGAUAGCUCCCACUGUCCCUGCAUGCGCUUUGCUAAUCCAGCUACUAACUCGUGCAGUCAUGAGCGGUGGUCACCAGAGGGUUUUGGGAUCCAUUCCCAGCAUGCACUUGAGCAUGAGGAACAAAAGGCAAAAUUGAAAGCAGAGAAAAUUAGAAUAGCUUUAGAAAAAAUCAAAGAAGCAAAAAUCAAAAAGUUGUUUGUGCGUGCGUUUGCCUGUGACGGCAGCAGCAAGAGCAUCAUGGUAGACGAGAAGAUGAGCAUACUGGAGGUGAUAGCCACACUGGCAGACAAGAACCACGUGAGGCUUGACCUUGACCUGGCUGUGGUGGAGCACAUGCCGGAACUCUUCAUGGAGCGUGUGCUGGAAGACCAUGAUACCCUGGUAGAGAACAUGGUGAUGUGGACCCGCGAUACCAAGAAUCAGAUCCUCUUUGAGACGAGACCGCUCAAGAAUGACCUGUUCAAGUCUCCAGAGCGCUAUCUUCUUGUGGCCUCCUCUUCAGAGAAAGGGGCCUCUAUGGACCCUAAACGAAGAGAGAACCUUAUUCAGGACUUCUUCUCAUGCGGUGGUAGCCGGGUACCAGAGGUGGAAGGCGUCCUCUACCUAAAGUCAGACGGCAAGAAGGCCUGGAAGAAGUACUUCUUUGUGCUCCGUGCUUCGGGGCUUUACUACAACCCUAAGGGAAAAAUCACCAAGUCAGCCAAAGACCUUACCUGCCUCGUACAGUUUGAGUUUGUGGAGCUAUAUACAGGCAUACACUGGAAGAAGAAAUACCACGCUCCAACAGACUUCGGGUUUGCUCUCAAGCAUCCCCAGAUUCAGAAGAAGACGUCAAAGUUUAUACGCUACCUGUGCGCAGAGAACAAGCCCGCUCUCGACCAAUGGAUCAUGGGCAUCCGAAUAGCCAAGUAUGGGAAGCAGUUAUUGACCAAUUACCACAACCUUCAGCGUGAGAUUCUGUCCUGGGAUACACAUGAUCACCAUAUCAACCAAUCAGAUUCCAGCGAUGAAAUAGUGGAACUCAACCAACAGGGAGCGUUGUCAGACAGUCGCAUGUCAGUCCCCGAACCGGGCCUGAGACACUCGAUAGUGAACGUGAAAACCUCCAUGUUAGUUAAAGAGACAACAGCAAGUGUUCAUUGUGUUGAUAAGCCAUCUGAAGGUAUUGACAACGCAGAAUCGGACAAAAUGGAUAGACUAUUAGAAAGGAAAUUGUCACUGACUGCGGCACAGAUAAGUGAGCCAGUGCGAAUAGAUAAACCACCGGUAAAACGCGUGUCAUUUAGUAAUACGCACAGUGUCAUACAUGAUCCAGGUGAUGAAGUUGUUCAUUGUGUCAGGCACAGGGACUCCAUCACCAGUGCAUCUACGGACUCCAGCGAGGAUUCAACUUCCAGCGGGGAGGGGCGGUACGGUGGUCUGGUCCACAGGGGCAGUAAACUGCGUGCGAAGCUUCCAGUGACCACUGGCACAACAAAACAAAUCUCGGAAAUGGUGCAGACGUCCUUAGACGGAGGCAGCGUCAGUUCGAUGGAUAGUUCCAAUGACGAAUGGCGGCCGAAUAGUUUGGGUGCUAUGAAGGAUAUUUCAGAGAGGCGUAAGAGUGCCCCUGUCUGUGAAGUAAAUGAGAGAAAUGACUAUCAUAUGAAGGAAGGCAGGUCAAUGUCACACCAGAUGCAGUCAUCCCCACUGUCACCUGCAGUUCCUUCUUCCAACAGCUAUUCCCAUACAAAGAAUGGGAGAGUCUUGACCUCCCCACCCCCUAGGAAGAGUGGACUGGGUAAUGGGGUAAACACGCACUCCAGGGGCUCAUCAAUUUCCUCUGUGGAAUCAGGAGAUUCGGGUCAGGGCACUUUAACCAGCCCUUUGUCUGAAAUGUUUUUUUCGGAGCAGAAUUCUUGGAUGAGUUAUGAUUCCAAGCUCUACAGUGAUUGCCAUGUGUCCAACAAGCAGGGUCCACCCACUGCCCAAAAGCCAGCAAGUAUCAAAAAGGGCCGACCACAUUCUGGGCCUGCCAUUGGUCCAGUUGAGAAAGGUCAUAUUAGAAACCCUUCUAAAUCUAGUCUAGAGUCUGUGGAGGAGGCAAAUGAAGGAUACCGUGGUGUGGUCCCUGUUUCAUCUCCACUUCCUCCCAGAGUUAUCCCUUCUCCCUACUCGGUCGCCUCCCACAUGGGUCAUACAAGGUCAAUGUCUCAACCCAACACGCCCUCUGUUUCUGCACAGCCCCCUCACUUCCCCAGCCAUGCCUAUCCAGCCCACAUUGGCAGCCCCUCUGUGUCAUUGCCCUCUACCCCACCAGCUACAUCGGUCUAUCCUGUCAACUACCCCAGCACCCCUCCAAUUCACUCAUCCACUGCACCUUCUUACCCCACUCAGUCAUCACAUCCCAACCACACCCAACACUUUACCUAUGGCCAUCCGCUAGGUUCAGCCCAAUACACCGCACCUGCCAUGUCUUCAUCAACACCCUGUUACCCUAUGCAGUCACCACUCAUUCAUCAGUCUUUGACUGCCACCAACUACCCUGUGCUGCCACUCCCUCUACAGCAUUCUUCUUCCACCCCUAGUUAUCCUGUGCAGUCACCCUCUAUACACCAUUCUUCAUCAGCCCCUAGUUACCCUGCGGAAAAAGCCCCUUUUCCUCACCAAUCAACCACUGCUAAUUAUCAAACUGGUCAAGAUCUUCCUAUCGACAAUACUUCAACAAAGGGGAAAAUACAUUCCCCUGCCUCUCAGCCCCCCUCAUCCCCCUUACCAACUAUAGGAUGUCUUUCCCCGCGCCUCUCUGCCCACAGGUCCUCUGUAGCUAAGCCUGUCCCCCCUCCCAUGGUCCCAUGCACCCCUCCUGUUCUGCUCCCACCAACUCCUAGAAAUCCUUCAGCCACUGUAAGCAUGCACAAAAAGCGACCGUCGGGUAGCAACUUUGUUGUUCCCGGAAAUAAUGCUGGGUCAUCAGACCCAGAUAUCUCUUCAGAUAAUUUCCACCAGAACAAUGGUGAUCGAAUUGCUUGUUUGAAUGGAGAGGAAUCCAAUCAAGGGAUGCCCCUGCCGUUCAUGGCAGAGUUGAACAAACAUAUGCACAAUAUUCAACAAGACCAUCACAGUGAAAAGUGUGAACAAAGUGACAUUGCCGCUCUGCGACAACCACCACAAACGUUGCCAAAACCAUCGUCAGAUCAACGAGUCAAUGGAAGCAUGAACUCAUGUCUCAAAGAUCAAAAAGAUCAGCCACUGUGUUAUUCCCAAGAGCCUGUUCACGACAUUGAUCGACACAGUCGAGCCUCGACUUCAUCAGAAACAUCACAGAUGUCAUCAUUAUCAACGCAGCAGCAAUCAAAACGACAGCUUCCACCUCCACCACCAAAACGUAGUGAGACUACAAAGUUGUCAUCAUCAUCGUCAAGUGCAGACACAACCCACGCUGUUGUAAGUGGUUCCAGUGUGCCAAAUGAACUUGACCUGGAUAAUAUUGACCCUAUUUAUGACAAUUGUGAUGGAAUUCUCGAUAUUAAUGAACUUCCCCCUCCUCCUCCAGAAUUCUUUGAGAAUUUUGAAGGUCAAGGUCAGGAGUUUCAAGGUCACUGUGAAAGUCAAAGGUCAGGAAAGGUGCGGCCCCCACCACCACCGCCCCCAAAACGUAGUCAAGAAACGCAACUUUCUCUGUCCUAGCUGGCCUGUUAGACUUGAAUAUAAGCUAGAUUUAGUGUUAACUGAUUGUUAACCCUUUACCACUAAGAUACCUAUUUUGACCCAUUUGUGGUCCCUUCAAAAGUAACAUUUGAUGUAAGACCUGUCUUACUAGAUUUAAGUUGUUAAGGCUUCAUUUCUAACCCUUAGAUACUGAUGAGCAGGAAACAGCAUAAAACCUGAACAGACUGAGAGUUACUCCCGUGCUGUUCUGGUUUUAUACUGGUUGCAUUUGGUGUUUUUUUUUCUUCAUUAUAUUUCUUUCUUUUAAGUUUCCAGUUUGUAAAUCUAAUGACUUUGCAAAUAAUUAUUUGCUUUUUGAUGUUGAAUGAUUUUUUUCUAAUGUAAAUUAAAAAAAGUUGGCAUAAUGCACUUUGUUUUAACUAUGAAUUAGGAUGUUAAAACAAUUAUCAAGUGCAGUGCUGCAGUGAUAAAGAUUGAAAUUCUAAUGGUCAAUAAUUCUAUUGUAAAUGUAGAACUUGAAGUUAGGAAACUGUUUUUGAAGAUAAGUAUCAAGAUGAUCCAAUGAUUUAUUAGUUAUUUUGACAUGAUUUUCAUUCUUGUUUAUGUAACAAACAGAAUUUUCUAUUGUUUAUUAUAUAAUACAUGUAAUGCAGGUACAUUGUGGAAAGAAUGGAACUUUGAUUAUCGUUUCAAAUUUUCUUGACUAAAUUUAUUAUAAAAUCCUAGUUUAAAUCACUUUAAAUGCUGUGAUCGAGGUGAACACAUUUUUUUUAGAUAUUUGUUUAUUUAUAAUGUUUGCACUUUAAGUCACUUUUUUUUAUGCCCCUGGAUCGAAAGAUCGGGGGUAUAUUGUUUUUGGCCUGUCUGUCAUUGUAUAUGUGUGUGUGUGUGUGUCCCAAAACUUUAACCAAAACUUUAACCUUGGUCAUAACUUUUGCAAUAUUGAAGAUAGCAACUUGAUAUUUGGCAUGCAUGUGUAUCUCAUGGAGCUGCACAUGUUGAGUGGUGAAAGGUCAAGGUCAUCCUUUAAGGUCAAAGGUAAAAAAAAAACAAAUUCAAAAACUUAAACCUUCUUCAUAACUUUUGCAAUAUUGAUCAUAGCAACUUGAUAUUUGGCAUGCAUGUGUAUCUCAUGAAGUUGCAAAUUUUGAGUGGUGAAAGGUCAAGGUCGUCCUUCAAGGUCAAAGGUCAAAAAAAUAAUUCAAAGCGGCGCAUUAGGGGGCAUUGUGUUUCUGACAAACACAUCUCUUGUUACCAAUAAAAGGGAGGAUACUCUUUUUGUUAUCUGAUUCUUUUCAAGCAAAAAUAAGAGUUAUAUUUCUUUGUGCAUGUACAAAAUACAUGUUGUUUAUUUGACAUGUUACACUAUUUUUAAAGCAAUCAGGAACAUUAUGUUGAGUUUUUUGUGUUCUGUUUUGCUGAUAAUUAAUUUGAAUAAAUUUUAAAUUGUGAUUUUAUUUCUUAAUUUUAUACUUAUUGUUUCUAGUCAUUUUAUUUUAUUUAUUUGUUUAACCUAUUAAUGUGUUUUAUCUCAUAAUGCUUUCUCAGCUUUAAUGGUGUUUGUUCAUCAGAAUAUAUUUGAGAGUCGAAAAUCAUGUAGCAGCUGGAAUAGUUUUAAACCAGUUUUCUGUAGUUUUCACGGUGUUCAUUCCUAUAUGACAGAAGUUGUAUGUAAAACUAGCAAUAGUGUGGUAAAAUUGUUGUGUAUUUUUUAGCAAUGUACAAAAGUGGUGCAGAAUAAUGUUACACAGUUUUAUUGCUACUUUGUAUAUAUUGAAAGAUCAGUUCAUAUAAGUUUGAUUGAAAGGUCAAAAACUAUAACAACUAAUUACUUUAGAGGUAACAAAACUUCAAAAUAAUGUUUGAGCUGUUUUAAUCAAUUUCAGGUGUACAUACAUUACCACGAAAACAACCAUGAACAUAAUCAUAUUUCAUGUUUUCAUGAACGUGUACAGUACUUUAUUUAGCAUGCACUCAUGACCUGCCAUAUUUUUUAACAGUAAUAGUGAUCAUUAUUAUUUAUACUUUUUUCUGAAAUUUCAGAAAUAUGUUCAGUAUCUAUUUGUGUUUGGCACUAGAUGAUAAUUCAUUCACGAUGCUUCUUUACUUUCACUUAGGUGUACAUUACGUCCCAUGUAUUAUGCUACUGCGUGUUGUAUGUUAGAGAGCGAGAUCAGUUUAACAAGAAGCAAAAUAAAAACCAGAUGAACAUGAAA